AUGACAAGCUCGUUGAUACUGUCCAUGCGGUCGGAGCUAAGUUCUGUAAGACCCGCCGCAGAAGAACACAAAAACUCUCCGAUCACACACUUAAUCUCAUGGCUCUUACGGGAAAUGAAGUUGCAGUCUUCAGCAGAUUUAACAGCAUACAGACAACUGAACAGACAGAUCUCCAAAUACAUGCGGCGAAAUUUACGCAACUUCAAUACAGCUCCUAUUGAAAAAGCGAUAGAGCGGAACCAGGGCUCCAAAGUCUUUGCCAGAUAUCUGUUUUCCAGAAAGAGCCAACUGUCGAAGUUGAAGACUGAGUGUGGCAGCAUCGCUUCCAGGACACCUAAAAUUUUGAGUGAGAUUGAGAGGUUCUAUUGGCAGCUGUACGCGUCAUCAUUGGAGCCACACGCAAGUUUAAGUAACGAUCCAAGAGCAAGUCUUUUCCGAUACUAUUCUGAUGAUAUCUCGGACGUCAAUAUGAAUGAGAUUAGAAUGGCUCUACAGCACCUUAAAAACGGCAAGUCUCCGGGCGUGGAUGGAAUUAUAAACGCGGGUGGAAAACUGGUACUUGAAGUCCUUCAGAAGCUUUUUAAUUUCGUGGUGGCACUACUCCCGAGACGUGGAGCAGAAACGCAGUGGUCAUGUUCUUUAAGAAAGGUGACGUGA